GAAAGUGGCCGCAGGUGAGACCCCGUGGAUUCUGGGAAUUGUAGUUCCCCCAGUCAUCCAGGACAUUCUUGGUUAGGGCCUCCGGGAACCUGCUUGUGCUCCCAGAAGCCUCCAGUGCAGCUCGCCAGGAGCAAACUACUUCCUGGGAGCCGAGAGGGAGCCGCUCUGAGAGGCUCUUGGGUGCUGGCGAGCCGAAUGCUUUGGCUUUGAGAAGCAGGCCCAUAACAUCCCUCCUUUGUUCAAAUGUGCACAUAUUCUUCUAAGCUGAUUAAAGUUGCUUUAGAACAAAGAAGAACCUCAAAGAAUUCAUUUAACAGAUAUUUGUUAAAUUGUUCCAGUCUACGAAGCAUUGAACUGGUUUCUGAAUGCUGAAAGUCUGACUGACAGUACUGCACAAGCCUGCCUGCCAUGGGCUGUCGGGAUGUCCACGCGGCCACAGUCCUCUCCUUCCUCUGUGGGAUUGCUUCAGUAGCAGGCCUUUUUGCCGGUACUUUGCUUCCCAACUGGAGAAAAUUACGACUCAUCACAUUCAACAGAAAUGAGAAGAACCUCACAGUUUACACAGGCCUGUGGGUGAAGUGCGCUCGAUACGAUGGGAGCAGUGACUGUCUGGUUUACGACACCACUUGGUACUCCUCAGUGGACCAGUUAGACUUGCGGGUCCUCCAGUUUGCUUUGCCUCUCAGCAUCGUGAUUGCAAUGGGUGCCCUGCUACUCUCCCUGAUCGGAAUGUGUAACACAGCCUUUAGGUCCUCAGUGCCUAACAUCAAGCUGGCCAAGUGUCUGGUCAAUAGUGCAGGCUGCCACCUGGUGGCUGGACUGCUGUUUUUCCUGGCAGGUACUGUGAGCCUCUCUCCAUCCAUCUGGGUGAUCUUUUAUAACACCCAUCUGAACAAGAAGUUUGAGCCAGUCUUUACAUUUGACUAUGCAGUGUAUGUCACUAUCGCUAGUGCGGCGGGCCUGUUUAUGACUUCCCUUCUUCUGUUUAUUUGGUAUUGUGCAUGCAAAUCUUUGCCUUCUCCUUUCUGGCAACCACUAUAUUCCCAUCCUCCUAGUAUGCAUACUUACUCACAACCCUAUUCAGCACGCUCCCGCCUCUCUGCCAUUGAGAUUGACAUUCCAGUAGUUUCACACUCUAACUAGUGGCGAAAUAGUUGUUAAAGAAAACCUCUUUUGACCUCUUGUCUCCCUUGUGCAAAUAUUUAGUUUUGGACCUGUAUACAUUUUCCCUUUGUUUUUGGUCAGUCAGUGAACAGAGCCCAAUUUAUAUGUGCUAAUAAAAUGAAGUGCUGCUAGUUUUUAUUAACACUACAUUGUUUUAAAUGUGAAUCAUUCAUUUUCUCUUCUCAUGCUAAAAGGAUUUUUUUUUUUUAAUCUCAUAUUGCUAUCUGAUCACUUGUUUAAGUGGAAAGGAUGAAUGUCUCAGUUGAGGUGACUUAAAAGCAAAGUAAAACUUUAAAUGAUGGCUAAAAGAAACUUGUUUUUGUAAAAUCAUUGGAUAUUUCAGAAUGUGUACUAUUUUUUUUCUAUAAUACCAUAAACUAGAAAGAAAAGGUAAUUUGAAAAUAUAUGAAAUAUCUAUAAGAUAAGGAUGUUUUAAUAGUCCACAGUCUACCAGCUUAAAUCUAUAACUUUUCUUACUACUCUCUUGGGGCUAAUGAAUAUAAUUAGAAUAGAGUUUGAUAUUUUAAAGGCUACUUUCUUUUGUGACUUCUUUAUCUUCUACCUCAUGCCAGUGUUCAGAAAUAAAAGACAUUUAAAGUGGUAUCAGAGAAUAAACCUAACAUUUUAAAUAUCUCCUUGUUAUGACUAAUACAUAGCAUCCUUUCAGAAUUAAUGACUCCAUAAAUUGUAUUUUUGGAGUUAAAAAUGUAUCAUAUGCUGGAUUGGUGCUUUCUUUGAGGCAGGAAAAAAAAAAGUUUUUUUUUUUUUUCUAGAUAUCACCUGCCAGUUGGUACUCAUGUCUAUAGAUGGUCUCUUAGUAGCCAACAGUAAGAAAUAAAGUACCCCAAGUGUUUGUUUCCAUUUAAUCAGCAUAAGGAAACGUCUUGUUUUUUGAUGACAUCAGAGAUUUGCUCUGGUGACUGUCUUUAGAGUGUGAAGUAAAUCAUGACUUGCCAUGACCAGAUGCAUCCUUGAUUCACCUCCUGUCUCCAUCACUGAUUAUUUUCUUGAGCAUUUAUCUUUGCCUGACAACUUGAGUAGGUGCUAUAGAGUAUACAAAAACGGUAUGACAUCUGGGCCAUUCCACUAGGAAUUUUUAAUAACACCAAACUGUUAGCUGACAGAAAAACAUUCUGACUUGAUUGGCAGCUAGUUUUAAUUCUUAAUCAUCCAUUCAAGAGUAUAUUUCAACUAUGAAGACAUGACUUUUUUUUUUUUUUUUUUGCCAACAGGCUCAUUGAAUACCUGCAACAUUCUGGAGUCUUAAAGUUGAAUUCAUUGAAUCCUAAGAGAACCUAUUUAAGUCUACAUUGCUGUUACUAUUAUAUUAGAUUCAUGAUAAUGAGUAAAAUGAAAUAGAAUUCAGUUGUUCCUUUUUCACAUCUGGAAGCAUGAGGAUAUACUGGAAAGGGAGGAGUAUUUGAAAUCACUCUUCUGAUAGUAUAACAUUUAGCUGAGACUGUGCUAACACUGAGAUGAAACUAUUGAUACAGGGUUAUUGGAUCUUUACCAUGAUGAAUUUAUGAUGCUAACUAACUGGUGUAGCUUUCUUCAUGUUAAUACUGUAUUCAUAAAGAUUUUGUUCUGCUAACCAUUAAAUUUCACAAACAGUUGCAUGGUAAACAGAUUAUGCCUCCUUAGCAAAUCUGAGUAUGAUUCUGAUACUUCUGUAUAUACAAGUCGGACUUCCACCCCCAUCCCAGUACUACUUUGUGUAUGUAGUAAAUAAAUCCAGUUGCUUAACUUUGAAAUGCAUGCAAGACUAUGUUCUUUUUUAGUUAUAGCUUCUAAUGUUCAGUUUCAUUUCUUUUAACUGUCCUCAGAUAUAGAUGAGUCUUGAUCAUUUCAAGAUGAUGGCACGUAGAAUUUUUAUGAUAAUGUCAGUUUUCCACUGGUUAAUUAAUUUCACUCUCCCACCAAAGCUGUCCAGAAGUGUCAAGAAUUCUCCUGUCUCUUGUAAAAAUAGUGUUAAAGGAAAAUGGGAUUAGCCAUUAAAACACUAAAUAGUAUUUAGUCCAGGGGAUUAUGAAAUGUUCAGCUUUUCUUAUAGUAAUCUUUGGCUUCGUUAUAUGUACUUAAAUUAGUAUUUGUAAGGGAUUCACUAGGUAAAAGAAACAUCUGUUUCUUUUGAUAUCUUAACUAUUUCAGAUUUGUGAUAGCAGCUGUUGUUCAAAGCCAUCCAAAAAAAGGGAAGAGUUUGCAAUUCUUUUAGUAACCUUUGAGCAUUCAUCAGGCUGGCAUUGUGAUCAGGGGAUAUCUUUUUGUUAUAAAAGCCUAUUAAUAUUGAAAGCCUUUUUAUAGAAUCCAGCUUGGAGAACAACCUUAAAUGUGGUGUGAUGCACCAGAUUCAGUCUGUCAAGCCUUGAAAGAAAGAGAAUCUUGAGUUUACUUGUAAAUAUGCAAUAUAAUAGGUAUGUUUGCUAUAAACUGUGAUGUAAACCUCAAUAAAAGUACACUGUACUUCUUGAUGUUUUAUUAAAAGAUGUAUUUUUACAA